AUGAUAGACACCAUUACAUCCACACAACCAAUCAAAGACGCUGAAACUAUAGUCUCAAUUGGAAAGAUCUUCAAGCUGGGAUUCUUUCGUCCCGGAAAUAGUACGAAUCGUUAUGUUGGAAUUUUAUACGACAUUCCUGUGGUGACCGCUGUAUGGGUUGCUAAUAGAGAACAGCCUCUAAAUGAUUCUUCUGGGAUUGUAAUGAUAUCGGAGGAUGGUAAUCUAGUAAUCCUGAAUGGAGAGAAGGAGAUCAUUUGGUCAUCAAAUGUUUCAAAUCCUGUCGCAAAUUCAAGUGCACAGCUUUUGGAUACUGGGAACCUUGUCUUGCGAGACAAUUUCAGUGGAAGGACCGUAUGGGAGAGUUUUCAAGAUCCUUCCGACUCAUUCUUACAGAGAAUGAGGAUUGGUUAUGAUGCAAAGACUGGUGAGAGAAAUCUGCUUACGUCAUGGAAAAGUCCUUCAAAUCCAUCGAGUGGAACCUUCUCCGCUGGCGUUGAUACUCUGAACAUCCCCCAGUUUUUUUUACGGAAUGGUAGUCAUCCAUAUUGGCGUAGUGGUCCUUGGAAUGGUCAGAUUUUUAUUGGAAUUCCAAGAAUGUAUACUUUUUAUCUCAAUGGAUUUAAUCUUGUAAACGAUAAAGAAGGAUCGGUGUAUCUUGCUUUUACUUAUGCAAAUGAGUCCACUGUAGUAUACUAUGCCUUGAAUUCUGAAGGAACUAUACUAGAGAAGUAUUGGGUUGCUGGGAAGGAAGAUUGGGAAGUAACAUGGUCGACGCUAGAAAAUGAGUGUGAUGUUUAUGGCAAGUGUGGGCAAUUUGGAAGCUGUAACUCACUAGAUUCACCAGUCUGCACCUGUUUGAGGGGAUUUGAGCCAAAGGACAAGGAGGAAUGGAGCAAAGGAAAUUGGACCAGUGGAUGCAUAAGAAAGACAUUGUUGCAAUGUGGAAACAAUACUGUCAAUGAAGAGGGCAAAGAAGAUGGAUUUUUAAAGCUCGAGACAAAGAAAGUGCCAGACUUCGCGGAAUGGUCACCUGCUCUAGAAGACAAUUGUAGAAGCCUUUGCCUGAGUAAUUGCUCCUGUAUGGCUUAUUCAUACUACUCUGGCAUUGGCUGUAUGCAAUGGAGUGGAAGCCUUAUUGACAUACAGAAAUUCCCCCAGGGUGGGGCGGAUCUUUACAUUCGAGUGGCAUACUCAGAGCUUGGUAACAUGCUUUGUCUUCCCUAUCAUCUUGCUGUUCAUGAUACAUAUGCUUCUACUUAUCCUCUUUUCCAUUUAUUGUUUGUUUAUUUGCUCAGAAUAAUUAUAUUUCGAACUAGAUUUGAGUCCUUGCACAUUGAUUCGUUACCAAAUCCUUCAGUUUAUUUUUUGGACACACCAAAAAAGAAAGAUCUGUGA